AUGGCUGAUAAAAGACUCAUGGAAUGGAGAGCAUUUUCCCUGGCUAUUCUUCAGCUACUGGAUGUCAGUGUGCAUCACUGUAUCUCUGAUGGAAGUAAGGAUAAAACCAAUACAUUUACUUACAAAUCAUUUAUGAACAUAUCUUUCUAUACUUCCUUUUAGGGUCAUUGCUUUUAUCGAGGAUAUGCUGCAGAAAUUCCAAAAUCAAUUGUGACACUAAACAUUUGCUCUGGACUCAGAGGAUUGUUGCAGUUCGAGAGUAUCAGUUAUGGAAUUGAACCAUUGGAAACUUCAUCAACAUAUGAGCAUAUGCUUUAUCAAAUAAAGGAUAAUAAAAUCAAUCAUUCCCUCUUACAAGAAAAUUAUCCUAUGACUCAGUACGCAGAUCAGUCCGACAGGAUUCUUGUCAAAUCAGAAAAAAAUGCAGAUGCACUAUUGAAAAGAACUCUGAAAAUACAAAUCAUUGUGGAUAAAGGAAUGUACGACUACAUGGGCUCUGAGGUGGCAGUUGCGGCUGAGAAAGUUGUCCAUAUCUUUGGGCUUAUCAACACUAUGUUUUCCCAGCUCAACGUGACUGUUAUGCUAUCUUCCUUGGAGCUCUGGUCAGAUCAAAAUAAGAUUUCAACGAAUGGGGAUGCUGAUGAAGUACUGCAAAGAUUUUUGUUAUGGAAACGAAAAUUUUUGUUUCAGAGGUCCCAUGACAUGGCCUACUUACUAGUUUAUAGGGACCAUCCUAAUUAUGUGGGAGUAACAUAUCAUGGAAUGGCAUGCGAUCCAAAGUUUGCUGCAGGAGUUGCUCUGUAUCCAAAGACAAUAACUUUAGAGGCAUUUUCAGUUGUUAUGGUUCAGUUGCUUGGAAUUAAUCUGGGAUUAACCUAUGAUGACAUCUACAACUGUUACUGUCUGGGAACUACAUGCAUAAUGAAUCCUGAAGCAAUACAAUCUCGUGGAGUAAAGUUUUUUAGCAGCUGCAGCAUAGAUGGAUUUAAGCAGGUAAUUUCACAGCCUGAACUUGAGUGUCUUCAGAAUCAACCAGUUUCAAAAGUGACUUAUCAAGGAAAAAGUCCACUUUGUGGCAAUAGAAUUGUGGAAUCUAAUGAGCAAUGUGACUGUGGCCCACCAAAGGAAUGCUCUCAUAAAAAAUGCUGUAAUCCUGUAGAAUGUACUCUGAUUGGAUUUGCAGAGUGUGGCACUGGGACAUGCUGUGAUAGAAACACUUGUAAGAUUGGUGUAAGAGGACGUUUAUGUAGAAAAAGCCAAGAUCUGUGUGAUCUGCCAGAAUAUUGCAAUGGAACAUCUGAGUUCUGUGUGCCUGAUGUGAAAACUGCUGAUUUAGAACUAUGCAAUAAUGACACCGCCUAUUGCUAUGGUGGAAUAUGCCAAGAGCCUGAUAAACAGUGUGUAGAGUUAUUUGGAAAAUUUGCUAAGGUUUCUUCUUAUCUGUGUGGACAAGAAAUAAAUUUUCUAAAUGACAAAUUUGGAAACUGUAAUCAACGUUGUGAUUUUAGGCAUAUUCUUUGUGGGAAGAUUGUUUGUCACUGGACACAUUCAGUGUUAAUACCAAUUGUAAAUUAUGAUUUACAAUAUACUUUCAUGGGAGGUCAAGUUUGUGUGUCUGCACAUUUAAGAAAUACUUCGAAAAAGGAUAUUACCUAUACAAAUGAUGGUACUAUGUGUGGUAAAGGAAAGUUUUGUAAGAAGAAACAAUGCUUGGCUGUGGAAGGACACAAAAACCUAACGUUGUGUGACUCAAAAGUAAAAUGCCAAGGGCAUGGGGUUUGCAACGAUCACUUUAAUUGCCACUGUGAUGUUGGGUACUCUCCUCCAACUUGUGAACCGGCCCCCUCAUCACCAGGAGGAAGUAUUGAUGAUGGGUACUGGGUUGCAACAGGUUGAAGUCCAUCCUUGCUUGUAAAACAACAAGCUGCUCCUCGAAAAAAUGGCCUUUUGAUCAGUUUCUACAUUUUUCUACCUUUCCUCAUUUUAACUGCCAUCGUUGCUCUUAAAUGGAAUAAAAUGAAGGGAAUUUGGAGUAGAGUGGGAACAGUAAGCAGUGAUAUUAUUCACGAUAGCCGAGACAUGGGAACAACACAAGUUCCCAUCGAAAGACAAAAAAAUGUGAUGCAAACACGCUACGGGAAAAAUGAGGGAAAUCUCACCAUUUGCACAUGGAUGGACCUGGAGGACAUUAUGCUAAGGGAACAAGCUCGUCACGGAGGGGCAAAUACUGCAAUUCCACUGACAUGA